CAGCAAAGUAUUGUCGACCAUUAGCCCUACCACAAAACACAGCAGAAGAAGUGUGGGCGAUAACCAAAUGCAGGGCAAUGGGUCUACCUGAAUCCUGCUGACCUUCAGAGGCAAUUGGCCCCGACAGCCAUCUGUCAACAUGCAAGGAUUCUACUCCAAGCUCGACUCCUCCCCCUCCUCAUCCCCGUUAUUGGGGGUGGGCCACGGGGGAGACGGCGCUCCCAUACCUCUCAGCCUGGCUGUGGAAACCGAGAAAGCUCAGGCCCUCCUACAGACAUUCAGCUCUGCCUCCCUGCUGGCGUCUGCGGGGCUCGGCAUGUUCUGUGUGGUGGCGGACCACACCCUCCAGCUGUCGUUUAUCCAGCAGCACCUAUGGCUGCGCGCUGCCCUGGACAAUGCCACUCAUGGAUUAGUGGGGCUGUGGUCUUGGGCAGUUGUUAUUGGACUGAGGAAAAAGAGUGAUCUGUAUGAGGUGCUGCUGGCUGGUCUUCUGGCCUCAAUCAUAGACCUGGACCACUUCUACAUGGCUGGAUCCCUGUCACUCAAGGCUGCUGUGUCUCUCUCUAAGCGUCCUCCUCUACACUGCUCCUCUCUCAUACCCGUGCUCUGUCUCUCCCUUCGCUUCCUCAUGUGGAUCGGACGCCUCAAAGAUGCUUGGUGCUCCCUGCCAUGGAUGCUUUUCAUUUCCAUGGUGACGCACCACGUCCGGGACGCCGUGCGCCACGGAUUGUGGGUGUGCCCAUUCGGCAACACGGCACCGAUCCCUUACUGGCUGUACGUCAGCACCACGGCGACCCUUCCUCACCUGUGCUCAGUGCUCAUGUACCUGACAGGAACCAGGGAUGUGAUCUCCACCAAACAUGGGGUGGCCAUUGAUGUUUAGAGGCCACUGACUUAUCAUACAGCUGAUGCUGAUAAGGCAUGGAUUGCCUCGGGGUAAAAAUGUUCUACGCUGAUUGAAACAAUUCCUAGACUCUUGACAUUGAUACUUGAAAAAAUAGAUUAUGCUGAAAGAUCAACUAAUAACAUUUUUUUCAGCUUAGGAGAGGAGAAGUCUGGUGAAAGAAUUAGAUUUUUUCCUGAUUUGUUUCCAGUCACAAGGACGAAGAAACAGUCAGUAUAUGAUAAUAGAAAAAACACUUACAAUCUAAAAAUUUGGGUUCUCUUGGACAGAAUCAUCUGUAAAAUAACAUUAGCUUUUCAAAAAGAGUGCCAAUCAGUUUUUUCCAAUAACAUGGAGAUGUAUAGGAAUGCUGUUAGCUGUCUUGAGUGUUUUGGGAGAUUGACCCUUUAAAGCUUUGACAUAUCAUUUUGCAGACACUUGCCUGCUUUCUGUUUGACUCCCUAAACCCAAAUAAGGGACCCAAGACUUGACUUCCAUUGAACAUACAAGUGUUCACAUCAUUUCUUGGCCCCCUGAGGUACUAUCACCUUAACUACCGCUAUCUGUUGCCAUCCUAAGAACACUCAAGGAAGAGUCAACCAAAGGUCAAUCACAGGCUGUAUGACGCUGGCAUAUUGUUAGCAGUGUCACCUUGACCCUCAGUGCAUCUGACAGUAUGUUACCACUGUUAUUCCACUGUGCAUUUAAAAUCGUCCAUCUGCUAUAGUAGUGAACUUCAGUGUAUUGAAGACUGAUGUUUAAAUCACCGCAUUCCAAAGACAGAUCGACCAUUAACCACUACAAAACAAUAAUUACCAUCUUUAUCACUUCUUUAAGCUGCUUGAAUGAGCCUUAUUGUCUAAUCAAAUCAAAUCUAGUCAACUUUUUCUAUAAAAGUCGUUUUUUGCCCGUCAGAGUUGGUAGCAGUGGUUUUCAGUGCCAAACAUGUCAGCUACAGAGAUGGAUGAUGAUUUUGGAGUUGCUGAUAUUCGUUGAUUGUUUAUAGAAUUUGUAGCAUCUUGACAUUGGCUUUAGCAUUGUUGGAUACAGCGGAAAACACAACCUCAUUCCAAAAAUCAUGGACUUUAACCCACAGCACCGGUUUUGUUGGUUGCAGUUGUUGGAUAAAAAAGCUUUUAUGAAUCAGCCUGGAAAGCGAGAGAUACUGUGUUGAAGAUGCUGUACAUUUCAGAUUGUUAGAUAGUUUUCUGGAUUCUUUGUUGUGCCAACAGUUUCUUUUACAGGUUCAAACAGGAAUUAAUUGUGUCUUGUGCUUUUACAGAUUUGGCUCAGUUCCUAGUGCAAGGCAUGAGAGAUGAAAGCUUUUUAAUACAGAAUUUUGUAUUUUAAUGUUAUUUUGAAGGAUGUAGUAUAUCCCAAGUGACCUCUCUAUUUUACAUCAAGCAUAGAAAGGAUAAGGGAAAUGAAAAGAUGAACCUAGAAAGAGCUGUGAAUUUAUUAAUUUAUUAACAUUUGAGGGAAUAAUUUGUACAGUAGUGUCUUCAUUAGAAGUAAUAACUUCAUAUUACAUGUUGGUACUUAAGGAAAUUUAAAAUGGAAAAAAAAAAAAAAACAACAAAAAAAACUUGCUGUAUUUUGUCCCAUUGCAGUUUUUAUUAUGUUACUGAACUUAAAUGAUUAAUAUUGUACAGCACAGCCUACAUACUGGAAUUCUCAUUUAGUUUUUUAGUGGUGAAGUAAUGAAUUUGCAGAGGGAUAUGGUCUCUUUAUUGUAAUAAAUUAUCAUACAGUAAUACUUUGAUUCGCUAAGACACAGAGCAUAUAGAGUUUAAGUCAUUACACUGUUUUAGAUGUAGACUGAUCACACACAUUCCUUAACAGUAUUGUUAAUUCUGUUAAUAAUUAUUGUUAAUAAUAACACAUGUUGUAAUAGAGUGGAUUUAUUGGGUUUUAGAGACUUGUAUUAUUUGAAUGUAAUUGACAUGAUUUCAGUGUAAAAGGGAUUGUGGAAGUUUGCAAUGGUCUGCAUCCAUCUUGUUCAUCGGGGACAAGAUUUUAGUUUAUGCUGAAAACUUCACACCACAGUAUUCUCAAAUAUUAGCUGCAACUGAGGUUUUAAUCUCAAUCUGAUUUCUUCUUCUUUUUUUUUCCUUUUUGUUUGUUUAUUUUUUCUUGUGAAGCUGUUGCUUAGAUGCUUAGUGAUUAAAGUUGUAACAAUGCUUCUUGUCCACUAGGCGGCUGCAGUGAGCUGUGCACACAUUCACAAUUAGUUUCACUUCUGAUAACUCUCUCUCUCUCUCUCUCUCUAUAUAUAUAUAUAUAUAUAUAUAUAUAUAUAUAUAUAUAUAUAUAUAUAUAUAUAUACAUACAUACAUACAUAUAUAUAUUCACUCUCUCUGUCAAGUAAGGAGGAGUUAGGAGUCAGUGUUUACAGAGUCUUGAAUUUGAAAUGAUAAAGAUGGAGGAGAGAGUGAAUUUGGUCAUGAUCAGGUCCUAAGUUUAACUGCACAGGACUGGUAUAUAGGACUUUAAUGCAUUUUCAGUUGUUUUGAUAUGAUACAGGUUUUGUUUUUUUGUUUUACUUCUAUUGCACUAUCCUCUGUAUUUAAAUUAUUUAUAACAAAUUUUUGUGUUAACGUGAUUGUGUAACACUGGAAUAGUGUAAAACUGUCUGAGGUAGAGGAUAACUAUGGAAACAGUGGCUACAGUGGCUACAAAUAUUCACAAAAGCAACAGUAAUUAGCACUGUACUGUGCUACAGCUACUUAACUGAAAGUGAAAUAUAGAAAGAAAAGGUUAGUUGUGUCAUUUUCAGUUUAACACAGUCUCUUUUGCUGCCGGUUAUGUUUACAAUGUGACCUUCAUUAAUGGAAUAUUAUGUUGAAUUUUGCACAUUUGUUUUUUAUGUUUAAAUUGCUUUGUAUUUGUUGAUUUUUUCUGCAUUUUUGUUUCUAAUAGUAAGAAAGUAUAGUACACUUAGUUUAGCAACUUAGUUUUAAUGUAGUGUUCUUUUUAUCUCAAUAAAAUAUAUCCUGUGUGUGUAUAUAUAUAUAUAUAUAUAUAUAUGUAUAUAUA